AUGAGCUCAAUGUUCAAGAAAAAGGGAGGCAUGGCUUUCAAGCCGAAAAUGCCCAUGGCCCGCCCUCGAGCGCCUGGUGCUGCCUCCUCACAACCGUCGAGGGCUCCGUCUUCGACCGCCGCCGAUCCUGUGACACAGCCAGACGCUCCUGUCGUCCCGAAUGACCAGCCGGCGCAGUCAGUCGAUAAGACCGCGGGAGGCCAAGAACCUGCCGGGACUGAGGGCACUGAUACCCCGCCAUCGACCAAUUCGAACGCCAUACAGACGGCGACACCACAGACGCAACAAACGCCCGCCGAUACCACGACAUCGAAACCGACAAAAGAGAUAGAAGCGACAGUCACCACACCCACGCAGCCCGCUGAGGUUUCCACCACCGAGACCACCUCGUCGUCGGCCACCCCCGCGACGGAUGCCCCGCCAACUUCAAUCACCGGCACUCAAUCCAACGAAACGUCGACGCCCGCCCAGCUGCAAACCCCUCCUGCGACCGCUCCUGCGACCGACGUAGCAGCUUCCAUCGAAACCCCGACCGAGCCCACGCCCGCCAGCAACACCCCAAAACCCGCCGCCAAGCCGCGAGCCAGGAAACGAGCCCCUCAGGCCGCAGAGGAAGACGCCGCCGAGGGUAGCGAAAGCGCAGCAGCAGCCCCUAAACCGAAGCGCCAGAGGAAAAAGAAGGACGACGCACCGACCGAAGACGGCACCGAGGCCCCGAAGCGACCGGCCCGACCGAGGAAAAAGAAGACCACGGAGGAUGCCGCAACGACAGACGGCGCUGCGACCGAGGGCGGGGAAGACGCCGCGACCAGGAAACGACCCCCUCGCCGGGCCCGCUCCGUCACGCCGGACGACGCCGAGGACCAAGAAGCCGACCUCAGCGUCCUCACGAUGGGCGACCUGACGCGCGACCUCCGCAUCGGCAAGAAGUUCUCCCGCCACGACGAACUCCUCCAGCGACACCGCGAUAAGCAGGCCAGGGCCCGAGAGAAGCUCAAGAGCAGGAGGAACGGCUCCGAGGACAUCGCCUCAGAGAGCGGCACCCCCGCGCCCACGCCAGCGGCCCCCGUCCCCGUCGCGAAACCGCAGCAGCAGUCCGGCGGCGGCGGCGGCGGCGGCGGCCCGCAGUUCCAGAUCAUCGACGGCCAGAUCGUCGUCGACCAGAACUCGCUCGCCCUCGACCGGCACGCCAUCGCGGACGCCAACGCCGAGGACAUGCUCGAGAUCGAGGAGAACGACUUCACCACGCUCACGACGCAGAACAGCUACCGCACCGGCUCCAAGCUCAAGGGCCCCAACGUCUGGACCGAGGACGAGACGGAGCUCUUCUACCGCGGCCUCCGCAUGUUCGGCACCGACUUCCAGAUGAUCUCCGGCAUGUUCCCCGGCAAGAACCGCCGCCACGUCAAGAUGAAGUUCAACCGCGAGGAGCGCCACGCCCCCGCCCGCAUCGACGCCAUCCUCGUCGGCAAGAAGGAGCUCCAGAUCGACCUCGAGGAGUACAAGACCUGGACAAAGGCCGAGUACGAGCCCGUCGAGGCCAUCAUGGCCGCCCAGCGCCAGCAGCAGGCCGAGUUCGACGCCGAGCAGGCAAAGGUGAAGGCCGCCAAGGACGCCAUCAACGCCAGGAAGCUCGCCUCGCUCGCGGAGCCCGGCGAUAAGGAUGCUAGUGGUGGUGCCGGUGCGGGUGAGUCCUCGACCGGCGGAGGCAAGAAGCCGAGGUCUCAGGCGGCCCACGUCGGGCCCCAGAUCACGGUCGACGCCGACGGCAUGAUCACCAUCGACGAGACCAACAUGGACCCGGACGCGGGCCGCAAGAAGAGGGGCGCGGGCAAGGCGAAGAAGAAGGCCGUGGAGUACAACAUGCGCGGCGAGAUUAUCAGAUGA